CUUUCAUUCCUUUUCUUCUUGGCAACAACAACUUGUCCCAUCGUCAGCGAUCACCAUGCCGGCUAAGCAGCGUAUGAGAAUUGCUAGUGAAAAAUACAGCAAGAAUGUCACUCAAAGAGGCGCCGUUCCGAAAACCCAAUAUUACGCCAUUCUAUGGUGCUAUCGAAAUACUAAACGCAAACGCCUAGUUAUUGCCUUCAAUCAUGUCUGUAUGUUAUUUCCGCUUUCUAUAAACAACAACGUUGAUCAGGGAUAUUUGAUGCCAUUCGCUCAAGAACUUCUUUGUUUACACGCUACAAAUAACUUUGAGGAAAUCGUUGAAUGUGCGAUCGAUAGAUACAACAAGAGUAGAUUGUUUACUGCUGCUAGUGGAGAUACUGCAUACAAAGGUCCGCUGUAUAGUCGUCGACUUUAUAGUACUUAUAAGACUUGCAAAACGGUCCAUUCUCCUAAACAAGAUAAAGCACCCGUUGGUCCUAUCGUAUUGGGAUUAUUCAUUUUUCUUGUUUGCGGAUCAGGGCUAAUUAUAAUAGUGACUCCUGUAGAUUGUUCCGUUCGAAAAAAAACACCAGAUACAACCAAAAUUGGUGCUUUGACAUGUAAAUUUAAAAAUGAUCAUACGGAGACAUAA